CCUUUGCCCGAUUUCCGCUGAAAACGGGCACCCGCUUCGGACAUUUCUGCAACUUUCCCCGCGGCCACCACCAUCACCCCCCCGCCCGUCCGUCCGGAUGGUCUCGCCCGGUCCCCAACGUCCCAUCCGCAGCGCUUCCGCCUCCCCUCGCGCCAAUUGGAAACGGGCCGGAAGCUGCUGCGCGCAGAGAGGGCGCCACCAUUUCGGAGGAGAGGGGGGGAACGGAAGGAAAGGACCAACGAAUCGACGGCUUCCGCUCGGCCGACUCUCCUUUCCCUCCUUCAGACUCGGAUUCCCGGAGGAGACCUAGAGAGACACCCCCCCCCCCUUUAUCCAGGACAGCCCCUCCCGGCCAUGGAGCCUCCCGAAGAGCCGGUGAAUGGGGAAAAGCUGGAUGUGGCCGCCCCCAAGCCUGGCGUGGCCAAGGGAUCCCCCUCCAAGCCCAAGCCGGCCCCAACCAGAGCCUCGCCCAGGACCCGGGCCAAGGCGCCGCUCGCUAAGAAGGCCGCCCAAAUUCCCCCCAAGGCUGUAGACCCAGUAGACGCCGCAGGGGGAAAGGAGCAGGAGCGCCCCCUUGUGGACGGAGCUGCCGCUUGCAGCGCUUCCCAGCCGUUGCAACCUGUAACGGAGGCAGGUGAGACGCCUAGCCCGUCUUGUCCACCAGAUGGCGCCAGAGAGGAACUUUCUCAGCCGCAGCUGCCAGUGAUGGAGCCCGCUCAGCCUUCGUCCCUUCCUCCUGCUUCGACUCCGCUCCCGCCGGAAAGUCCUUCGGAAGAGCCGGCUGCUAAGAGGGCAAAGCCUUCCACCCCGGAGGCUGCCGUCCCUCCUGCAGCGGCCGGAAAGAAGGCCCAGAAGCCGGAAAUGACCCCGCAGAUGAGACGGAUGAUCUCAGAGGCCAUCGCUCAGGGCAUUGCCGCAGGGAUCCAACAACAGCUCCCGGCUUCCUCUGCAGCCUCCGACAACGCCUUACCCCAGGGACAGGCUCCUCCUCCUCCUUCCAUGAACAUCCCAGAAUCCCUCAGCCAAGACUUGCCACAGUCUGAGGACAAAGGAGAAACUCGAUAUGGCAAUGGCUUCGUAGGUCUCUUCACCCCUGCCUUGUUUAAGACGCUUCUCCAGAAAGCCAAGGCCGCCGCUGGGAUAGGAGGAGAUCCAGCUGAUUUAAAUCCGGCCUCAUCUAACCCCAAUAAUUUGUUGUUCUCACAACCCAACACAGAGAAGGAGGAGAUCCCCUGCCCGAAGUUUUUCCUGGAUGUCGUCCAGCGACAAUGGAUCCAACCAGGAACGAGUAAAUCCCCUUGCGGAUACGACAAACAGCUCUACAAUGUGGCCUCGGACUUCGUAGCGGCAUUAGAAAUGCCAACCGUUGAUGAGCCUAUAAGCCGUGACGUGACGGGAUUGGGGCCAGAAGACAAGAGAGUGGAACAGAUGCUCUCCAGAGGGCAUAGCAUUGCUGGCUGGGGGAUUAGGUCAGCGAUGGCUGCUUCCUUCUUCAAUAGAACGUCCUUGCUCUGGCUCAAACAGAUGCAAGCCAGAAUCCCCGCCACCGACCUCCAGACUCACGAGGACAUCAACAACCUGAUAGCGGCGGCAGAAUACUCUGCCGAUGCCACCCUAAAUGCGGUCAAGUUUGCGUCCAGGGCCAUCGGCUUCUCUGUGACAGCCCGACGGAUGGUGUGGCUCCGUUACUUGCCGUCAGAAGCUAAGUACAAGUGGAAGUUGGCCUCUUCCCCCUUCAAAGGAGACAAGCUAUUCGGAGAGGCCUUAGAGGCUUUUCUCGCGGGGAUCAAAGACCUAAAGAAAGCCCGAGCCUCUAGAGCGAAAAACCCUAAUAAGCGAAAUUUUCAGACGGCUUCCUUGAGAGGAGGGAGGAAAGCACACAACUCCUCACAAGCGCAUAGGGCAUACUUCCAGCGACCUGAUAACCACCAGCGACCUGAUAACCAAUUUGAUUGGGCCGAAUAUGGAUACUGGAGCGGGCAGCAGUUCCAAUCCAAACAGCCAAUCCGGGGCAAUGGAAGGGGCAAUGGAAGUCGGUUCUUCCCUCGCUCCUCCAGAGGUCUGCCGAGGCAACCCUUCCAGUUCCAACCCUUCAGAGAACCAGCAGCGACUGGGGAUUGGAGUCCCCAAGGCUUCGAGGAGGUGGAGAGCUAUUGUCCACCUAAAAAGAAACAACAAGCGUCUGGUGUACAAGAGAUUCAAAAUCCAGUCCAUACUGAAGGGGAUCCGGGUGGGCAACAUCCUGACGUAAAUAAAUCUCACCGAAGCAUACCUACACAUUCCUAUGUUGGCGACUCGCCAACGAUUUCUAUGGAUAUGCAACGCGAAGCAGCAUUGCCAGUCCAGAGCCCUCACAAAGAUACUAGUGACACUCUCAGCUCUCCUCAGGACUAUCCCUAUUCGCGUCCAACGGUAUCUGGACGACAUGUCGAUCGAAUCCGCCUCUCACCUCCACGCCGGAGUGGAUCUACUCAUGAUGAUCCGGGUCCUUCAGGGUCCUUUAGGGAAUCGGGGAUUCACCGUCAACAACGACAAGAGUCACUUGCCUCCUACCAGCAGGAUGCUCCACCUAGCCGCAUCUAUAGAGACGACAUGCAUAGUUUGCCUGUCCCAGGUCAGCAUCGGCGCUCUGGCGAACCGGAUCCGGUCGGACCGAACGGUGCCUCUCGACCUCGUCUCACAAUUGUUAAGAAAGAUGGUGUCGUGCGUCUCCAUUGUUCCCGGGGCACGUCCGGACAACAAGAUGUUACAAUGGCUCCUCGUGCCUACUCAGAAACCGGGCAGGAGCAAUUCAACUACCGGAGACCGAGUCCCAUCAGAGGUCCUCCAGUGGCCGAUGCCACCGACCGCAACCAGCAGAUUCAAGGAAAUGAACCGAUUCGCGAUCGCUACGGACGCCAGUAUGCUCAGCUGGAGAACCCAGAUAGAGACCCGGAUGGCAGAUGGUCAGUGGACAGAAGAGGAAUGACGAACCAACGUCAACCGGGAAGAGAUCCAAGCAGGCCACGGAGCCCUCCGACUGGUCCAAACCAGCAUCUCCAGCCAUCACGUCCUGAUCCGAGCAGAGAACGUAGGCACCAAGGUCCAUAUGAACCUCCAAGGGAGCACCCACUCCAGAUGCAGGCAGGGAGACGGCGUCAAAGAACCGAGCCAUCCUAAGAACCGGGGUGUACGGUUAUACCAUCUUUUGAUCGGCGUGGCGAAUGUCGCGUGGACAUUGGUGGAAAUCUUAAGGGAAGAGCCGCCUUCUUUCCUUGCCAAGUUUUUUUUUGGGGGGGGGGCGACGAGGGUAUUCCUCUCCCCUCUUCAAACUUUAUAUCCGCAUCUUAUACGCCUGGGAAUGACGUCCAGGGAGUUCUUAGCUGGUGUAUCCGAGUUCUCUGUUUCUCGAUCCGUGUUUUGAGUUUGAAAUACCACUAGUGUCUGCCGAAAAGAAAAAUAUUCCUCUCUGUCCUUCCACACAUUUUUCUGCCUUUGUCCCUUCUUCUUGUCUUUCUCCCCCCACCCUACCCCCCAAAAAACGACCCAGAAAUUUUCAAUCUUCAAACUAACUUAGUUCUUGAGUUUCCCUUUCUUGCUUCCAACGUUAAGCUGAUCAGGGCAGGCGGGAGGCUAAUCAGCACCUCACCAAAUCGGAGGUGUGCGGUGGGUGACCUGCGGAGAAAUGAUUCAGCUUGCUUUACACAACACAAUACAAUUGUCUUGUUUGUAGGUUAGCUACACAAUAAAGUUCCUGUAGGUUUCAUUUUAA